UGGGAAGUCUGGUAGGAAAGGGAGGAAAUCCAUCCCAAGAAAAAUAACUCAGGGUGAAGGAGACGAAGGUACAUUUGUUCAACCUGCACCCCCGCCGCCAAUCCCUCUCCCGCAACAACCACCACCUCUUCCUCCACCACAACCACCCCCUCCACAUUUACCUGUGAUUAGCAAUAACUUACCACCACAUUUGCCCCAGCCGGGGGUCCUGAAGCCAUUUGUUAUACAAAACCCUGACACAGACGAUGAAAUUGAUGAGGAUGAAGAGGUUGAAAUUCCCAUUCCUCCACCUGCACCAAAUACUGGGCAGAUGAUCCAUGAAAAGAUUGCUCCCAUUGCAAGUGUGAUGAAUUUCCAACCUCUAAAUGUAAAUCCAGAAAAAGAUGCUGAGACCAUUGCCAGAAUGGCCAACAGGAGACCGAGGGAUGAGGACAUUAUGGAAGUCGAUAAAAGGCCACGCAGGCAAUCCCAGCGACGUUCGCCCAAAGUGCACACAAGUGAUAUGGAACAGACAGACAGUGAGGAGAAUGAAACCGAGGCUGACGUCAAUGAUAAUACAGACACUGACUGGGUCCCUGGAUCUCGAAGACGAUCAAGAGGAAAAUCUGAUGCAGGAGAAAAGGGGAAAAUUUUGUAG